AUGUCCUUCACAUGCGCACGGGGCUGUAAACACUGGGGCCGUCGCGGUGCCGCAGGUCUACUAGUUUACCGAUACCUCACAUCAGGCGAGGUACAAAUGCUCCUCGGUCAGCGAGCAGAGUGGUCCGAUCACGCUUUGACCUGGAGCACAAUAGGGGGAGCUAUAGAAAAAGGCGAAACAGCCCGGCAAGCCAUGGAACGAGAAGUUAUGGAGGAGAUUGGACUUAAUAUCAGAGAGUUUCUAUGGCCCGUUGGACAAGCAAUCGAUAACCAUGGAGGUUGGUCAUACACUACUUUUAUAGCUGAUCCGAAGAAGCACUUCGACAUAUCCGACCUAAAGCUGGAUACAAAUGAGAUAAUAAAUGUAGAAUGGGUCACACGGAAGGAUCUGGCCUCUAGAAACCUACAUCCUAGUUUCGCGGCCUUUGUUAGGGAUAAGUUGGAUAUUUGGGUGCCUCCCGACGUAGAUCCUUCUGUGGUACAUUUAUAUAUAUUAAACUAUGGAUUAGGGAGUCCGGAAGAUUAG